AUGGUUGUUUAUAAAGAAUCAAAAGCAAAUUCAUUGCGUAAUUGUAGGCUGUGUAUUGACGCAACAGGAAGUGUUGUAAGGAAUGUGUAUAGAACCUCACAGGAAUUACAAUCAUCACAUAUUUUUUUAUAUGUCGCAGUUCUGAACGACGGAUGUAUUCAGGUACCAGUAUGUCAAAUGCUCUCAGAGGUACAAGACUUAGCAACCAUAACUUAUUGGUUAAGUCAAUGGAUAAGAGCUGGUGCUACUUCACCAUAUGAAGUUGUGGUUGAUUAUUCUAAUGCACUUAUAGGAGCUGUUAUACGUGCUUUCUGUUAUGGUUUGUCUAAGAUUCAAUACUGUGAAAUAAGUUUGAAGAUUCUUCAAGAUGAAGAAGAUGGUACUGUACCAACUCCCGGACUAGAUAUUUAUAUUGCCCAUUUAAUUAAGAUGAUCUGUAGGUGGAAGUGUUUUAAGGUAAGAAAUCACGGUAAAAUUAAAGAAUUUUACGUUAGAGCUAUAGUUCUCCUAAUAAAAUCAAAAACACUUGAUCAAUUCAAAACAAUUUUAACUGAGAUUUUAGUCGUUGCAUCUUCAGAAUAUGAUGGUAAUAUAGAAGGUACAAAAUAUUACACUUCGUCAGAAAAAUUCAGGGAAAAUAUUUUGAAACAAAUCGAAAACGAUGGUUUCAAAGAAAAUAUAAUUUCAGAUGACGAAGAAUUGUUAGAAGAAAAUGAAGACAUUGAAUAUAAUAUUCAAAGUUCAACCAAUAUUUCAAAUAAUAUGGAUACAUUCAUUAAAAGUAUUAAAGAACGUGUAGUAGUUCUUUCAAAUAUACAAGGUGAUCGUUUGAAUGGAUACUUUUUACCUGAUUUAUGUGCUUCUCUUCUUCGUAUUACGAAAGAUUUUCCACUUUGGACAAACAUAAUGGCUAGAUACUACAAAUCAGAAUAUGAAACGGCAACUUCAGCACCAGUCGAAGGAUAUUUUUCUCAUGCUAAAAAUGAAUUGAGACAAUCACUUAGUAGCAUAGACCGUUUUGUUGGAUCACAUUUAUUAUCAAUAGAAGGAGAAUUGAAAAUGGCCAGAUCGUUACAAGUCAACCAGGAGUCUAAAUCAAAAAAAUAUAAUGAAACAAAGGACAGUAUUGAUAAUACGAUGCAUAAUAGUAGUGAAAUGAACAGUGACAAGGAAAUGGAAAACAAUAUCAACAUUAAUAUAAGUGAAGAAAUUAACUGUAAUGGUAUUGAAUCAAACGAUAGUACUGAUAUCAUGAUACAUCAUAAUGAAUCAAAUAGGAAUAUUGAUAUAAACAGCAGUAUAAGUGAUGAUAGUCAAUUAGAUUCUUAUGGUGACGAUGAAGUUAAUAUUAAUUCAGAUGAAUCUGACAUCAAUAUAAUUAUGACAGAUGAACUAAUGGCACAAGAAAAUUGGAGAAAUAAAGCAGAAAAACCUAUUAAGGUGAAAAAAGAGAAAACCAACCGAUUCUCAAAAUAUACAAGUCCGUGUCCAGAUAUUCGUCGUGUAUUAAAUACUUCUGGAUUACGAUCAACUUCAUUAUCAGUGAUACUGAACGGAAAUCUUUUACCCGCUGUUAAAGUAAAUAAACAAAAAAUUCUUAUAUUUAACACGUGUGCUUUUGAUACACUUUUAGUAGCAAUAUCAGUAAGCUACAUUGAUAGCAAAAGCUUUAUAUUGUUUAUCGAUAACAAUCAAACGAAUCCGUUCAUAAAACUAUGCAGAGAUGUAGCUCGUCAUGGAUCCACAAGCUUAACUUAUGAACAACGUGAUAAUUUGCUGGUAGAAAGUGGACUUUUUAACAUUUCCCCAGUAGAAUCUGCAGCAACCUCAAUAUUGGACGCAAAUGUCAAUGUUAUUGCUUUUUGUAACAAAGUUCUUUCUGGUAUACCUAGCAGUAUACAAACAUUAGUAUGCACUAUUUGUAAUAAAAAAAAAGUAUGUUAUAAUUCAACAAUAAUACUUGAUGAAUUGUCAAAAAUGAAUGGAUGUUUAAAAGAAAUAAAUACGUAUUUAAAUAAAUAUAUUGAAAAAAGAGAAAAAUGGUGUCCAAACUGCAAACAAAUUAGUAGAAAUUCCACAAGAGUACUGCAGGAACAUAUUUUUUUGGAAACAGAUUUUUUGAAGGAUAACACGAGUAAUGAAAAUGGAAUAUCGGACAAGGAUAUACCAUCCCAGUUGUCUGUUGGAGAUGAAAAGUAA